CGGCGGCGGCGGCGGAGGCGGCCCCGGGCUCGGGCGGCUGGGAUGGAGCAGAAGCGCGCGGAGCACUGGAGGGCACGCAGCUGACGGAGCUGCGCUGCGUUCGCCUCGUCUGCCUCGCGCCUUCCACUGGAGCUGUCCGCGCCUCCCAGCUCCCACCGCAGCCCACCCGGCAGAGGAGUCACUACCAGCGCCCAGUGCGCUCUGUCAGUCCGCAAAGUCCCUGCUGCCCGCUCCGGGCUUGGCACCAAACACCAGGCUACCAUGGUCUGCAAGACUCUCUUCGCUCUUUGCAUCUUAACGUCAGGAUGGAGGGUACAGAGUCUGCCGACAUCAGCUCCUUUGUCCGUUUCUCUUCCGGCAAACAGUAUGCCACCGAUCACCAUCUGGACUAGCUCUCCACAAAACACUGAUGCAGACACUGCCUCCCCAUCCAAUGGCACUCACAGCAACUCAGUGCUCCCAGUUACAGCAUCAGCCCCAACAUCUCUGUUUCCUAAGAACAUUUCCACAGAGUCCAGAGAAGAGGAGAUCACCAGCCCAGGUUCGAAUUGGGAAGGCACAAACACAGAGCCCUCACCUCCUGGGUUCUCGUCAACAAGCAGUGGAGUCCACUUAACAACCACUUCGGAGGAACACAGCUCGGGCACUCCUGAAGCAGGCGUGGCAGCUACAGUGUCGCAUUCCUCUGCUGAGCCUCCCACACUCAUCUCCCCUCAAGCUCCAGCCUCAUCACCCUCAUCCCUAUCAACCUCACCACCUGAGGUUUUUUCUGCCUCCGUUACUACCAACCACAGCUCCACUGUGACCAGCACCCAACCUACUGGAGCUCCAACUGCAUCAGAGUCAUCGACAGAGGAGUCCAACUCUAACCACACACCCACCUCACAUGCCACAGCUGAGCCAGUGCCCCAGGAGAAAACAUCCCCAACAACUGUGUCAGGCAAAGUGAUGUGUGAGCUUAUAGACAUGGAGACCACCACCACCUUUCCCAGGGUGAUCAUGCAGGAAGUAGAACAUGCAUUAAGUUCAGGCAGCAUCGCCGCCAUUACCGUGACAGUCAUUGCCGUGGUGCUGCUGGUGUUUGGAGUUGCAGCCUACCUAAAGAUCAGGCAUUCCUCCUAUGGAAGGCUUUUGGACGACCACGACUACGGGUCCUGGGGAAACUACAACAACCCCCUGAUGCUGCCUGCUUGGCUCUACAAGCUGGAAAGCAGCUUCUUAGCUGCCUAAUUAAUGAAAGAUGAAAAUAGGAAGUGCCCUGGAGGAGGCCAGCAGGUCACGGGGCAGAAUCUCGCAGGUUGCUGUGGGAUCUCAGUGUGCCCCUACCUGUUCUCCCCUCCAGGCCAGCUGUCUCUGUAAAGGAUGUCUGCUCUGUUCAAAAGGCAGCUGGGAUCCCAGCCCACAAAUGAUCAGCAGAGUUGCAUUUCCAAAGAAAAAGGCUAUGAGAUGAGCUGAGUUAUAGAGAGAAAGGGAGAGGCAUGUACAGUGUGGGGAAGUGGAAGAGAAGCUGGCGCGGGGGAGAAGGAGGCUAACCUGCACUGAGUACCUCAUUAGGACUAGUGAGAAUCAGCUGUCGAUAAUGGCCGGAGACAUCCACAGCCUGGAGGAGCCCAGAAACUCUUUGCUUUAUACCCACACAGCAACUCGUCCACUGCUUUACUGUCUGUUGGAUAAUGGCUGUAAACUGCUUAAAAACAAAACAAAACAAAAAAGAGGCACUAGUCUAUCUGCAAUUACUCAAUGAGGCAUUUUCAUAGGAAACAGACUAUGAUUAAUCCGUUUAUUCUUCCCACACACUUACCUUACUAAUUCUUCCCUUUAAUAAAUGAGCAACUCUGGGUAUAGUCUUAAAGUUCUGCACAAUAAAUUUUGAGAAAGAAUUGUUCCUCUUUGUUGGCAUCCGUGUAUUGCAAUCAUUCUCAGCCAGGAGGUGAUUUCGCCCCCUGCCUCCGCCCUAGGGACUUUCAAAAAUGUCUGGUGACACUUUUCGUUGUCAUAACUUGGGGGUGCUACUAGAGAUCAGGAAUGCUGCCAAACAUUCUACCAUGCACAGCAUAACCUGCAACAGCAAAGAAUCAUCCACCCCAGACUAUCAAUAGUGCUGAGACUGAGAAGCCCUGAUUUAUCACAGUGCCCACUGUGACAGAACAAGACACUCACAGAUUAGUGAUACGUUUUACUGUUAAUGAAGUGAAAUGAUCUGUUAAGUUUUUAUCUCCAAAGUGUUUAGUUUAUUGGCUGAUGGGUUGUUCUUGGUAUGCAUGGUGACUUUUUAUUUCUGUGUGCUUCCUAGGGAGCUUUAUUUCGUGCUACAACUCUGUCUUCUUGGAACAGCUGACAUUAGCAAGCAGCAUCUAUGUCCUGAUUUCAUGUAGUAGAAAACAAACAUUGGGUCCGACUUCAAAAUGUGUUAUAUUGUCCUACAGUGUCAUAAAAAACCUGAAAAUGGACUUUUGUUUCUAAAGUUGGACCUUGCUGUCAUGACUGUUUAGUUUACAGAAACUUGACCCCGGCUUGUCCUGUCUCUGGCUGUGGCCCGGCAAAGCACUGACAUGAAAACCACCCUUGCUUUUCUAAACCCCUCUGGUCUCAGAGACAAUAGGGGCAGUGCCACUUUCUACAACCUGCCAACCCACGCACUGAAGUAAUUGUGAAAAAAAAUUAUUCCUAAACUCUCUAAGUGCAGACGGAGAAUGAGCAAGCCCCAGCGGUGUUUUACAACCAGGGUGGGUAAUGAGGAGGGGCUUACUGGAGUUGUGAUAUCUCUGAAUAUUGAAAACAACAACCAAAAAAGUUACCUUCUCAGAAAAAAAAGGGCAGCAAAUGACCAAGGGCGCCCCUUCUGGCCGUGCUUGGCUUAAGUAACUGUCUCUCUUUCCCCACCCCCAUCAUAGGGCUUUCAGUUUGGCAAAGGAAAAGCAGAUAAAAACAGGACAUUCCAUAUGUUGUUUUCUCCAUUGGCCAAAAACAUUUUGACACAGUGUUUGUGAAACACCUUUGGAGAGGUGCACUUCUGAUUGCUGCCUCUGCCGUAAAUGCUGGGGCAAGCCUCUUCCCAGGAACCAUGGCCUUCUAUAAACCGUGAACUCAAGCAGGCAUUUUUUUUCUUACUGAAGGCUGCUACUGUGCAAGGGCACAUAAUGGGUUUGUUGCUCUUAUUGGCUUCCAAAUGUGUGUGGCAAAGAGAGAGAUGUGGGCCUAGAGCAGAUGUAUUCAGCAAGGCGACAGUUUCCCAUAACAAUUCUAACACUUCUUAUGUUAUAUGAGUGUAAAAUACGUAAGGGUUGAACCUUAUUUUGCCAAAUGUAUCUUUUCUGCUUUUGAAUUGGCCAAAGGAUUUUAGCAACUAUAUUCUACAAAUGUUACUUAAAACACACACACACACACACACACACACACACACACACACAUCUGAAAUAUAUACCGAAAAUUGACAUCCUUGACCUCAGGGAGAGCACCUGUUCAGGUCUACCUAAGGGAAAUGGCUCCAGUGGGUCUAUACAACCAUGUCCCAUCCGUGGAUAGGUCUAGUCGUAACACUUUAGAGAGAAUGUCAGAGCAGGAGGGAGGCAAGCUGCCUCUUUUCGACCAUCGACUGCAGAUGAUGAAAGAGCGGGAUUCUACUUUGUUUUCUUUUUCUGUGGCCACAGUGAAAUUUCCUGCCCUCCCUGCACGUCUGUCUUCAUUUCUAAAAUGGGGGUGAUGCUUUCAUAUUGACCUCACCCCAUACUACCUCACAGAUGUGUUGUGAGGAUUAAUAAAAUUACGUCUACGGUAUUUUCAGUUUCUGGAGAAAAAUACUUAUAGACAGUUUGACUAUUAUAAGUGAUCCCAGUUUCUUGUUUGCUAUGAUACUAGUGUGUUGUUUUUACUUAUUCUAUAACAUGACAGUUGUGUCCUAGCCACACCAGACAGCUAUCUAAGCUCUGGACUGCCCCUUUGUGCAGCUGAAUCACUGCAGGGUUGACCAUGCCUGGGGUCACAGCAAUGGUUUCCAUUUCUAGAUGAAAGGAUGCCCUAGGACAUAGGUCUCAAAGACUCUUGAAUCAGAAUCAGGAGAUUAGGGAAAACAGGAUGGACACCUGAGCACUAACAGCAGUAGACGUAGACCUCUGGCCUUUACCAUCUGAGGUCUUCUGGAUUAUUUGUGGGCUUGAUUUUGGUUUGAUGUCAUCUGUUUGCCCUUCAUCUUGCUUGCAAGUGUGCAUGGUUCAAUCCCUCGCAUUCAGGAAAUGAAUUUUGCAUUUGGGCCAGAUGCUAAUUUGCACGUUGAUUCACCUUCUUUGCCUUUAACCUUUUUUUUUUUUUUUUUUUUUUGGCAAAUGAAUGUACCAUUUCAUCUUUGAUUUUAAUAGUGCUAGUUGAUGUUGGUAAUAAUGCUAACCAGGAAAUCAAUGCAGAUUUCUCUCUUGGGGUGAGUUAGCUGAAGUCAUUUAAAGAUGGAAAGAUGGGAAACUUCCUUGAUAUUUGAUGUCAUUGUAUCCACAUUUGUUGUAAGACAUAUUGCAUACCAAUUAUAAUUAUAUCAAUUAAAGUUGAUAAAAGCUUC